AUGCCCGACAGGAAAGACGUACACAACUUCGCCGCCGGCCCCUCUCCUCUUCCCUCCAACGUCCUUGAGGAGGCGUCCCAGGGUCUCCUCGACUAUGCCGACACUGGCAUGGGCAUCUGCGAGCUCAGCCACCGAGGCAAAGAGUUCAAGGCCGUCAUCGAGGGUGCUGAGGCCGACUUGCGAAAGCUCCUUCAGAUUCCCGACAACUACGCCGUCCUCUUCUCCCAAGGUGGUGGUACCGGUCAAUUCUCUGCUGUGCUUCUCAACCUCCUCUCUGCCCACCGUAUCGCCAAUCCCGUACCUGCCGGGCAGUUUACCCCUCCCACUGUAGACUACAUCCUCACAGGCUCUUGGUCUUCUAAAGCCUACGCCGAAGCCCAGCGAUUGACCAGCGCCCCCUUCCCCAACUGCCCCGCCUUCGCUACGCCCAGAGUCGCUGCCACCACAAAGCCGACGGGCUGGACAAGACUCCCCAAGAAGAAGGAGUACAACUUUAGCAAGGACGCGGCGUACGUCUACUACUGCGAGAAUGAGACCAUCAACGGUAUCGAGUACCCUCCCGCGUCCAACCAGUCCUCCGAAUUCGCCUUCCCCUUCGACCAAGUCCCCGAAGGCGUCAACAUCGUCGCCGACUACUCUUCCUCCUUCAUCUCUCGCCCCAUUCCUAAUAUUGAAAAGCACGCCAUCAUCUACGCUGGUGCGCAGAAGAACCUCGGCCCUAGCGGCGUGACGGUCUUGAUCGUCCGUAAAGACUUGUUGGUCGACACUGCUGAAGCUGCCAAGCUCGGGUGCGUACCCGUGACUCCCAUUACCUACGAGUACAAGAUUCUCGCCGACAAUGCUUCCCUUUACAACACGCCUCCCACUUUCCCCAUCUACGUUUCCGCCCUCGUCCUUCAACGUCUACUUUCUGAGAAGGGCGGCCUUGAGGGCUUGGAGAAGGUGAACAAGGAAAAGGCCGAGCUGCUGUAUGCUACUUUGGACAAGGCGGAGGAGAAGGGCGCUAUCAAGACAGUGGUCAGGGAGAAGGAGGCUAGGAGCUGGAUGAAUGUUACUUUCAACAUUGUCGGAGAAGGGAAGGAAAAGGCGUUCUUGGACGGUGCCGCUGAGCGGGGCUUCCAACAGUUGAAGGGGCACAGGUCUGUUGGUGGUGUGAGAGCAUCCAUCUACAACGCCGUCACCCUCGAGUCUGUCCAAUUGUUGUGCCAGUACAUCGAAGAAUUUACCUCCAAGCAACAAUAA